AUGGCUCGAAAAGCCGGUAACGGGUGCAUUACCUGUCGCAUACGGCGUGUCAAAUGCGACAUGACCAAGCCUGCCUGCCAGCGCUGUUUAUCCUGCAAGCGCCAAUGCGAUGGUUAUCUACCAGAGGGCUCAACAAUAACACGCCGUCAACUCGCCGAGGCAGCUCGGCGCAUCUCAGUCGUGGGGCCCAUUUCACAAGCCCUGUGUCAGUAUCCUAUAAGUGCAGGCACUAAAUCUGCGAACUUGACGCUUUUCGACGUCUUUCGUACUCUGACGGCGCCUUCGACGGCUUCGUUUAUACCGUCGCAGUUUUGGACUAGGGAGAUUCUUCAGUUGGCGCAUAGUGAGCCUGCGGUCUGGCACGCAACGCUUGCGCUGGGAGCGAUUCAUCAGAGGCAUGAGUUGUACUUUCAGGGUUGCAAUGAUAAGAGCGAGCAAAUGUGGCUCGAGGCCAAUGUGAGCUAUGGACGCGCGAUAUCUUGUGCGCGAGAAGUCAAAGACCCUACAAAGUUGCUAUCGCUAUGCCUUGCGCUUGUGUCUAUCACGCAUCUUAUAGGGCGCUGGUCGGAUAGCCAGGUCCACAUCAUGGCUGCUCAUGGUUUAUUGAACCAAGCUGGAUACAGUGAAGAGACGUCGAGCGCGGCUGAGAUGUUGACGCGAUUAGAUCUACAUGCCAUGACAUUUUCCGACUCGAGUGCGCCGUAUCCUUACAAGAACGCUCCGAGUAGAGUAUGGAUCGAUGAAGAUAUGCAGCGCAUCGCUGGUUUUGAGAGUUACGCACAGGCAGGGACGGCAUUGUUUGGGGUUAUGAGGAGACUUAUGAUGAUGGGUCAGAAAGCAGAUGAUGAGGAUCAAGAAACUAUGGGCGAAGAUCAAGACAUGAUGGCAAUUACGAAAAGGGAUCUUGCAGCUUGGGAAUACAAGAUGGCAGAGUUUGAGAGGAAUCACGCCAGUCCGCACGAUCAGAGAGGAGCGAUUUCCAUCAGACUAUAUCACACUCUCAUGCGUACAUUCCUGGCAGGAGGAGCAUUCGGGCCUGAAAUGCGAUGGGAUAAUCUCAUUGGUCUUUACGAAAGGAUCCUCACGCUCGCAGAGACACUGUGCGCCAACAAGCAAAGCUUCCACGUCAACUCACCUCUCUCCCUCGAACCGGGUGUCAUCGUUCCAGUCUUUAUGGUUGCUCAACGCUGUCGUCACCCAUGGCUUCGUCGUCGCGCAAUCAUGUUUCUCUACAAGCUUAAACGACAAGAAGGCAUGUGGUUCAGCGAUGGGGCAGCAGCAGUGAGUAAGAAGAUUAUGGAGAUUGAAGGGCAGACGUAUUUCGAAAGCGACCUUGCCAACGAUGAUGACGAGAAUAAACCAUCAGCUCUUGCUCUGGGUGACAUCCCUUGGGAAGCGUGGGCUACUGUCGAUGUUGAGGGUUUGCCUGGUAGGACGAGUUGGGCAGGCAUUGAGAGAGUUCCCGAGGAGAAGCGGAUGCGCGAGACGAUGGUGAUGGUUUUUACAGAGGAGAGAAGGAUUGAAUUGUCGCUUAUAAUGAGUGCAGGCGAUGAAUUGGGGACUUAUGGUGAAGUACGGACAGAAUCGAUAAUGUAUUAA